UUCAAAAGAAAACACGGCGCCUGCGCGCUCUGGUUUUCUUUCCGCUAAAACACUUUCGAUGGAGAAGAAGAAAUUCAUUAUACCAUCAGCAGCAGAUUUAAAGAGCUUUGAAAAAUCAAAACCAAAGGUAAAAUCAUAUUUCAAAUCUCGAAAAAGUGUUAAAGAAAAUGAAAGUAAACCAUCUACUUCUGCUGCGGAUUGCUCAACAAAAGCAAACGGCAACGACUCUUCCAACAGUCAUGCACCAACUCACAAACCACCAGUUCAAGCAGAAGAGACACAAAAUAGAUCAGUUCCAUCUAUAGUAAGCACAGAUGUAAAAAUAUCUCACUUGACUAUUACCCAUGAAUCAUCUGGAGAUGGUCAAUCCAGCACCUCUCAUUCAGAAUCAAACCCUCCUGGGUUAGAUGGCCAGUCCAGGGCAACCUCAUUGGCUCCUGAGACAGGAAAAUUUAGUUCUAUAUCAACUGGUAACAAGGUAGGCUCCGGAUUUGUUGCAAAAUUUGCUGCCUUGAAGGAAAGUACACAGUAUGAAGAGCCAAAGGUGCCAGAAAAGCCAACAGUGAUACCAGCCGAUGCUGUAGUUGUGAACACAAAGCCUGUCUCAUCCAAUUGUCUCAUUGUGCACCCCAAGCAGCGAGGUAAUCCUAUUCUGAAACAUGUGAGGAAUGUUCCAUAUGAAUACCGUGAAAUUGUUCCGGAUUAUAUAAUGGGGAAAACAUCAUGUGCGCUGUAUUUGAGCUUGCGGUACCAUCUUCUGAAUCCUAAUUAUAUCCAUGGCAGAUUAAAAUCACUUAGCAACAUGUUCGAGCUGAGGUUACUGCUGGUGCAAGUUGAUAUAAAAGAUCCUAGACAUCCAUUGAAAGAAUUAGCCAAGAUGGCUAUUCUAGCAGACUGCACACUUUUACUAGCGUGGAGUGCAGAAGAAUCUGGUCGUUACUUAGAAACAUAUAAAUCUUAUGAAAACAAGUCAGCAGAUACGUUAAAGGAGAGGGUAGAGUCGGACUUUAUGUCCAAGAUGACCGACUGCCUGACAACGAUCAAGUCCGUUAACAAAACCGAUGCGAUUACUCUUCUGUCAACUUUUGGGAGUUUUAAUGGGAUUGUGAAUGCCACCGAGGAUGAGCUUUCGUUCUGCCCAGGAUUUGGUCCAAAUAAGGCUAAGCGUGUGGCAAAGGCUCUGAGGGAGCCUUUCCUUAAAAGGAAACGCACUAAGUUAAAAACAGACGCAAAAAAACCUGAAGACAGUCCAGGUACAAGUGCAUCAUAACAGGAGCUAGAUAUGCAAAUUAGCUUCAUUCUACUGUGCAAAUGCAUUUUUUGCAAGCAACCUCAGGUACACCAAUGUUAUCCACAAACAACACAAAGAUAUAACAAGUGCAACAAUACAGGAAUAGGAACAUUUGCACCUUGUUGUUCAGUACAGAACAAACCAAUGAGAGACAAGUAUAUCAUGAUGCAAAACAAAUGACCUAAAGAUGCAAGAUAAAGUGUUACUUUGGACGCAUGCUAAAUGUUACACACACUUCCAGAGAUGUGCCUAAUGAAAUCUACCAAGAGUUCACACAAAACCUUAGUAAAAAGUGCAAUUGAUAGUUGAUACACAGGCAUUGAAGAUAAAGCAUUCCCCCAUGGUCAUGUGUACAGAUCCAAGCUAAGUGUACAGGCCUCUGCGACAUCUGUUUUCCUUAAUGGCAAGUGUGCUAAUGGAUGUAGGGACACUUAUUUUUCCAAGCUCAGGUACUUGUAAUAUUUUGUCAAGGGGUGUGAAUUAGGUAGAGGUAUGUAGUUACUCUGAAAUCAGACUUUGGAGUAACUCCGAUUUUGGAGUUUUCAUGUAUAGUUGUACGCAAAACCUCAGAAAUCAAAGGGUUGAUUAAAAGUUGGCUCUCUCUUUAUGGAGACUUUGAGGGUUGAUUAAAAGAAAUCAGAGUUUUGGCGGCGGAUGCAGACACUCCAAAAAGAGAGUAACUACAUACAUGUUGGGUAUUGGUGUUCUUGUUGCAUUAAAAAAAAAAA